AUGUGUAACGUACCACACACGACUAAAUCAAUGACAGCGUUACUGAACCUCUGGUACACGAACUAACUGACAUGUUUGCAAGAAUGAGUACAAGUACAGUGACGGGAAAUCAAUUGGAACCCCAUGGAUUGUUUACAUUGCUGAAACCUGGUUCACAGAUUUGUAAAAUGUGUCUCGUAGCAGAGUGUACAGAGUCUGGAUAUGUAGCUUAUAAAUCAUAGAGGAUACUGCGAAUUUUGAAGUAAAGACAGUGGUUAGAAGCGGUGUUAAAUUUUGCCUCAUUUUGUAUUUGUAGUCAGGCGUGAUUGUCUUACUGUUUCAGUUUUAAAGUAUGUUGUUACGUAGGAAUUAAUGACACAACAGUUGUAACGUAGUUAAUAAGGUUAUAUUAUAAGUAGGAAUACGUUUAAUAUAUUCCGGUAGUUUAAUUUGUGAGAACAAAUAUGUCGGCUGAUCGUAUGACUCAAGCCAAUAUUGCAGGAAUUCAGAUUGAUCUGCAAGAAAGUGAUCAUUAUGAGGAUAUUGUAGCGUGCCCCCAAAGUACUAGAUCAUUUCAUAUUGAAGAGAUAGGUAAUUCAGUACAGGUAGACACUAGUAAUGAGCCUCAGUUUGCAAAUGUGCAUGUUUGGAAUAAAGUGGAUCAAGAUCCUGACAUAUCUCACACCAAACAGUUCAAAGGAUAUACUGAAGAGAAUGAAGCAUCAAAAAUUAGGAUUGAGACCAGAAAACAUGAAGUUGAAGAGAUGUCACCUGUGGAUGAUUCUGUUAUAUUUCAGGUGGAUCGCAGCCAAAUUGAGGAGGCGCAGCUGUCUGAUGAAGCUGCAGAACUUCAGGUGCUUGGAUUGUCAGUUUAUGAUCAGGCUACAUUGGAAAAAGGAAUCAUUCAGCAGGUGGAUCAAGCUUUGGAGCAACUUGAUCGACAACAGCUGGAGGUACAGAUGAAGACUGUUGCAGAUAAAAUUAUGACCUGUAAGCAAGAACUGAGAAAAUCAGAAACAAUCCUGAAAGCUUUGAAAGUAACAGGAAUUUCAAGUGAGAAGCAGGCUGUGUCAGUGAGGAAGAGUGUUGAAACUGGGCAUAAGGAGUUAGUAGCAUUGAAAGAUCAUGCAGAUCUCUUGCAACAAAAGUAUACUAAUCUGACUGGAGGUGGUAGUAUUGUCACCAUGACUCCAGAUGCCACAUCAGGAAAAGAUAAGCAGCAGGAGAGUGAAAGAGAGCAUAGAAUAAGAUUGGGAGAAAUGACUCCAUUUGGAAAUGUUCUUGGUAACCGGUUGGCAACCACUGGCAGUCAGUCCACCAGAGGUCUCACAGAAUUUGAGAAGUACCUGGAAAGUCAAGCAGAACUUCAGAAGAAGCAGAAGGGUGGUAUCAAGAAAAUGAAGCUAGUAAAGGCUCAUGCAAUUGAGAAAGAAGUGAGUGUAAAACUUCAUGGUGAGGCUGACCAGAAAAAAGGAAUUAAAAGAAAUUCACCACUGAAGAAAAGUAUCCUACUGCCAAAGAAACGACCCAAAAAGGAAAAAUUUGGCACAAAUUCUAGCAAUGAUUGGUGGGAUCAGAAGAAGAAGCCAGGCAAACUUAUGUCUGAACAGACAGCCCUUGAAGACAGUGAGGGGAGUGAGUACUUGCCAUCGGAGAGUGAGCUGGAAGAAUUGGGGAGGAAGGAGUGUGGCAGGCAUGUAAAGGUACCAACAAAGAAGAGAACACCAUCAGGGAAACACAAGCAACGGCAGGACUUACAAGAAUGGGGGACAGAUGAUAGUGACUGGGAUUACUCUGAUGAGGAAACAAGAGCUAAGCGGCGCAAAAGCAGAAAGAAAGAGAUUGAUGAUGGUAAUAUUGAAGACUAUAAUGAGCGACUGAAGCUAUGGGAAGAACAGAAAGCGAGGCAGACUGAGCCUGAGGAGAUGGGUGGCCAUGAAAUAGGAGGAGGAUACAAGUUGCCUAGGGAUCUGUGGUCUAAGCUAUACAAUUACCAGAAGGUUGGAGUGCAAUGGCUUUGGGAACUAAACCAGCAAAGGUGUGGGGGCAUCCUGGGAGAUGAGAUGGGUCUUGGCAAAACUGUGGAAGUUAUUGCGUUCCUUGCUGGACUCAACUAUAGCAAACUGCUGUCUCGCCAUGGCAGCUUUAGAGGAGUAGGACCAAGUCUCAUUGUGUGUCCCACCACAGUGAUGCAUCAGUGGGUGCGGGAAUUCCAUUUAUGGUGGCCAUAUUUCCGAGUUGCUGUCCUGCACGAGUCUGGCUCCUUCAAUGGAAAAAAGAAGUCAUUAAUACAUCAAAUGAGUUCUGUUGGAUGUAUUCUGGUGACAUCAUAUGUGGGUGCUGUGCAGCACCAAGAGACCCUGCUGGCCAGGGAUUGGCAUUAUGUAAUUCUUGAUGAGGGCCACAAGAUUCGCAACCCUGAUGCUCAGGUGACAUUGGCUGUAAAACAAUUUCGUACACCCCACCGGCUCAUCCUCUCUGGCUCACCAAUGCAGAACAAUUUGAAGGAGUUAUGGUCACUGUUUGAUUUUAUCUUUCCUGGAAAACUGGGUACUUUGCCUGUAUUUCUUGCUCAUAUGGCUGUCCCAAUAACUCAAGGUGGCUAUGCUAAUGCUUCAGAAGUUCAGGUAGCAACAGCAUAUCGAUGUGCUACGGUUCUGCGAGACACUAUUGCACCCUACUUACUGCGCCGCAUGAAAACUGAUGUUAAAUCUCAUAUACAUCUCCCACCAAAGAAUGAACAGGUGUUGUUCUGCCGGCUGACAGAAGAACAACGAAGUCUGUACAAAAGCUAUUUGGAUUCUGAUGAAGUAGGGCGAAUUCUUCAGGGUCGAUUCCAGGUCUUUGUAGGGCUAAUUGCUCUUCGCAAAAUAUGCAAUCACCCAGACCUGUAUUCAGGGGGACCAAAAUUACUUCGUGGGGAUAGAGAGGAGGACCUGCCAGAGGAGAGUCGAUAUGGAUACUGGCGCCGUGCUGGUAAGAUGUUGGUGAUAAAAUCACUGCUGAGCAUUUGGCAGAAACAGGGUCACCGUGUGCUGCUUUUUACACAGAGUCGGCAGAUGCUGUGUAUCUUGGAGGCAUUUGUACAGAAGCAGGGCUACAAAUACCUGAAGCUGGAUGGUGGGACAGGCAUUGCUUCACGACAGCCCCUUAUCACCAGAUUUAAUGAGGAUUCAUCAUACUUUGUUUUCCUGCUUACAACACGUGUGGGUGGUCUAGGUAUCAACCUGACAGGAGCAGACAGGGUGGUGAUCUAUGACCCAGACUGGAAUCCAGCCACUGACACUCAAGCUCGGGAAAGGGCAUGGCGUAUUGGGCAACAAAACCAUGUGACUGUGUAUCGACUGGUGACUGCUGGCACCAUAGAAGAAAAGGUGUAUCAUCGUCAGAUCUUUAAACAGUUUCUUUGUAAUAAAGUGCUUUGUGACCCACGUCAGCGUCGUUUCUUCAAGUCUAAUGAUCUCCUGGAAUUGUUUACACUUGCUGAAAGUGAGCAAACCACAGAGACUGCUGCAAUCUUUGCAGGCACUGGCUCAGAGGUAAAAUUGACACCUAAGAAAUCAAAAUCAUGUGAAGGAGAAAAGAAACUUCACCAGAAGACUAUACAUAAAGAGUUGGGAAGUGUGAAAUUUUCAGCAUCAAAGCUGGAACGCAUGAAGCGUUUGGCACAGCUACUUAGUAAGCAGAUUGCUUCAAUCAGCAAACAAGUCUUCUGUUUUCCAGAACCAUCUUGUAAGGAGAGACGAGACAUGAUUGGUAGCAGUGAUGAACUACUCUGCCACCCUUGUUGCACAGAUCCAGCCAAGGAUGUGGCUCAUACAUCUGGAGCAAAUAAGAAUGUGUUCGAACUGACGACACAGAUUAUGCCAAUUGAAGAAUGUGGUUCUGGUGAGAGGAAAACUGUGAGUGAGUCAGGGACUGUUGAGAAGGAUGAGCGUGUUGCACAAUAUGAAAAGUAUACAAGAAUAGAGAUGCCCAAUGAACACUUUAUGCAGCAAGAAGUUGUGAAAGAUCUUUCUGGGACAAAAGAUAACUUGGUUAUGAAGAACUCAGAGCUAAAGCAGAAGGCUCAUAAUAAAGGAGCAGUUAGGUCCCAUCAGCAUGGGAAGAAAUAUCACAAGAGGAAGCAUUCACAUAGAGAAGAAAAAGGUGCAAUGUUUGAAGGAGAGAGGGUGUCUUUCUUGGUGGGACAAUGUGAAGCAAAGGAAGGAUUGUCCUUAGCUGACAGCGGAGAACAAAGCUCUCGGCAGGAGGAUGACUAUGUGCUGCGUAAACUGUUCAAGAAAUCUGGUAUCCAAACAGCAAUGAGACAUGACUCCAUUAUGGAAGGAGGACAUGCAGACUAUGCUCUGGUGGAAGGUGAAGCAUGUCGAGUAGCUAAGGAGGCUGUACAGGCAUUGAAAAUGUCACGACGGCAGUGUUGGCAGGCUGAUACAGGUGUCCCAUCUUGGACUGGUCAGAGUGGAGCUCUCCGUUCUCGUAACACUUCAGCAACCCAAGUUCGACGUAGGUUUGGAAAGAAAAAGGCUGUCACAAGUCCUGUUAGUGUUCCUGAGAGUGAACCCAAAGCAAGUGCUUUUGAUGUGAGAACUGAGGAGCCCAUGACAUCCAGUGAGCUGCUGUCACGAAUGCGGGCCCGUAACCGCCUUCUGGAGCCCAUGGUGAAACCUGAACUCGAGUGUAGAGAGGAAGGAUUACAAGACAAUAAUCCAGCAGACAGCAUUCUAACACUCCCAUCUGUGUCAGCUCAAGAGGAGCAUGUCGAGCUACUCACAGACAUACGGAACUUUGUAGCAUUUGGUGGAUCAAUGGAUGGACGAGCCUCAACUGAAGAGAUUCUUGCUCAGUUUAGUGAACGUUUGCCACCUGGAUCUUCUCCUUUGUUCAAAUUUAUGUUGAGUGAAGUGUGUGAGUUCCACCGACUGACAAGUGGACAGGGUGUGUGGAAGCUGCGUAGUGCUUUCAGAUGGUAAUUUUUAGUAGUGUCUUCAGAUGUGAUCUCUUUCAGAAAAGUAGCUUCUUUGCUUCUUUCAACAUAUGCACUGGUGACUGGAUUUAAGUAUUAGCCAAUAUUCCAUGCCAAACAAUAUGGCCACCUGUGAUGUCAGGAUACUUCAACCCUCUCUCUUUACUUGCAUCAAAUGUCCUUCCUUUUCCAUUGACCAAAGCUGCUGUUCUCUUAGUAUGGCUACUAAAUAAUGUUCUUGUUUAUUUCUCUUGGUUGGAAGGGUGGGUAGGCCUAGUCUGAUCAUGUUGGUAAAAAAAAAUCCUGCUGGGAACUAAAGAAUAAUUGUAUACUCUUACCACCAUUACUUUGGUUGAAGGUGGUAUUCAUAUUUAAAAAGUAUUACAUAAAUUUAUUUUAUUUAAUUUUCUGUUUUAUUCCCCUUCCUCCAUUUUUUCUGUUGUAGCAACUUAAUGUUAUUGCAUUAAGUUUCAAACUGUAUUGUUUUAUCAAGAUUUAAUUUAAACAAUUAAAGGUUGCACCAAGAAACUUUGCUAUGUAAAAUUACUAAGUAACUAGGAACUUCUUACUCAGACUGCUGUAUUUUUAAUCCAGUUACCUCAUAAUAGUAAGUGGGGAUAAUUCUUAACACAAAAAGUUCCUUUUUCAUUAAUUCCUAAACAUUCACUCUGUUGCAUGUUCUUGGUUCUACUGUGUGCUAUGUAUCUGACCCAUCUGAACCUCUUUCUUUUAAUCUAUGUAAAGACACUGAAGAGUAUAAACUGGGAAGUAGAUGUAUUAGUUUAUUUAUUUCAGAGAGUAUCAUACAAUAGUUAAUAACACAAACUUGGCAGAGCUGUUUAACUAUGUAGAGGUUCUGGAGGACAUAUAGUUUAGCAUAGAAGACAGAAGAAAUGUUGGUAAACUUCUACCAGACUACAUGGCACUACAGCCCAGAAGAAAUCUUGGCUAGCAGCCUUAAAUCUAUGUGAAUACCUUGUCAUUUUGAUAUGUAAAUGGUAUAUUAAUGAGGUGCUCGUAAUGUGAUGUGAAUAAAGUGUAUCUUGGUUUCCCUGUAAGCACUUCCCUGAAUAUUGCAUGGUAUGAUGUAUAUUCCCCAUGUACAAUAUUAAAUAUGAUACCAUGAGACAUAA